UGCAAACUUUUUUUUUCCUUAAAGUUGCUCAAUGACUAUUAUGGAGCUCUCAACAGGAAGAGAAAGCACGGCAAAGGUCAAAAAGAAGAAAACAGGAGGAACACCUGAUGUCAUCAGGAGGACCUACAGAGGCAUAAAAAGACAGGUGAAGAAAGGAGAAAGUAUUCUUCUGGUUCAUCGACAUGAAGCAACUAUCUUUUCAUCAAUCUCUGAGUAGUACAGUCAGUCAGGUUGUGGGCAUGGCCAGCGUACAGUAUGCAGUUCUGCUCCUGACUUUAGCUAUGGCAGUGCAAGAGUGUAAUGGGACACCAGAGAGAAUCAGGUGCACUUCAAAACCACCAUGUUUUGAGCUAGUGAUCAUCGAGAGAAUAGCCCAGCGUGUCAGCAAGGAUGUGCCAGGUGCAGACAGAGACAGCAUUUUAUUAAAGAGCAAAACUUUUGAUAAAAUUCGUAAAAAGAAGAACCUCCAUGGUUGUGUCCUAGCAAAAAUCAUUGAAUUCUAUGAGAAUGUCCUGUUCAGUGACCAAUAUAUCCAUAACGACCAACUCGAUCUGAUCUCCACCUUGGAAAGAGUGAGGAAUUGCACUUCUAAACUUCAGGGGAGGAUAUGCAAGAGGUUGUAUCAAAAGGCGAAAAAGCAAGCUGACUUAAAGAUUGCCGAAGGGGAUAUGAGUGCAAAGGAGGUGGCCAUCUUUCAGCUACAAAAGCUUAAUCACGCCAGUGAAAGAUUAAAUGACACAACAAUCCUAGAGACAGCCAUGGAUGAACUGAAAUCUCUUCAUCACUACAUCCCUGGGCGUGGCUUCCGAAAAACAAAUGGCUGAAGAACAUUCCAGUAGACGCCAUACCCAGACAUGCGAGCUUGUGAUUGAUACAAUGCUCAGACAGGUCCGAAAAUCUAUCCUGAAGAUGAGUAGUUGAAUACUGUUAUACAUUUUAUAGAGAAUUUCUAUACUGGAAAGUAUACUUUUAAUAUAUAUGAUGCAAAGUUGUGCAAAGUUCUACGAAAGAGCAGUAUACGAAAUAAAUAUAUAUAUAUAUUUUUACAUGCCUUAAUGUAAUUCCUCUCUGCUUAGGUACAAUGCU